ACACACAUUUAAAUUACAUUUCUUCAAUUGUAGUCCAUAAACCAAUAGAUAUGGCUCGGUUUCUUGCUUUAGCCCUAGUAGUUAUAGCUCUCUCAAACGACGCGUUGGGUGCUCCUCCCUCGUGUCAAACUGUUACAACGCAGCUGGCUCCUUGUCUAUCGUACAUUCAAAAUCGUGUUAAGGGCGGUGGCAAUCCAUCAGUACCUUGUUGUACCGGUAUAAAUAACAUAUAUGAACUCGCUAAAACCAAAGAAGAUCGAGUCGCUAUCUGCAACUGCUUAAAAAACGCAUUUAUUCAUGCUGGAAAUGUCAAUCCCACUCUCGUAGCUGAACUCCCCAAGAAAUGUGGCAUUUCUUUUAAUAUGCCUCCUAUUGAUAAAAACUACGACUGUAACACGAUUUCUAUGUACUGAUGAAGGGGUACGUAGCUAGUGAUCUCGGAAGCUGCUCAAACACUGAAAACUUUAUGAAUAAAACAUAUAUAGAUGUUGAUGUCUUGUCUGAAAUCUGAAAGCAAUUAGAUCCACUGCAAACUUCAACUGUAUGCAGAUGGUUAAAUGUUGAAUUAUAUAUAUGAUAUAUAUAAAUUUGGUUAAUGCCUAUGUUUUUGGUA